AUGAGCUCUUUUCUGAUUGUUCUACUUCUGAAAUUCUAUGAUUUUAUGAGCUAAGCUCUUAUGGGAUUUCCUAAAAUAGGACAAAAUUCAAUCAUUUUAAAGAAAAUGGAACAAAAAGCUUCUGUACCAAGCUUCUUUCCAUUCCAAUUUAUUCUUAUUUAAUUCUGUAUUUUUAGCAAGCUUUGGUAUCUAUAGAAAAGAAAGUAACCUUCAUUUAAAUACAAACCCAUUUUUUUUUUGAGUAAUGUAUUUUAUAUAUAAUGUAGGACUAAAUUUGCAGAGCUUGUGCCAAAUACUCUAUGUAGGCAGUUUAACAAUGACUUCCUGUUACCAACUAGCUCCAAUGAAAAUGAUCUUCCUUUAAUCUAAAGAACAGGUGUAUAACAGGCAGAACCGGAUUCUCCAGGUGUGAAGUAAGCAAUCUGUUCUCAUUUGCUAUUAACAGCAAAAGCACAACUUUAUCUCUUAACUUAUUUGAUUCCAUUAUUUGGCUUUCAAUUAACAAUAUGAAAGCCACACAGAAAUUAGUCUGUGACCUAUAAGAUAGAGAUUUAAGUAAUUUGAUGAAAACAUUACAUGAGAUGAUAUUCAGAUUUUCUCUCAAGGCAGGACUCCAACACCGCAGGUGGAAAACCAACAAAAGGAACAAGACAGAAAGAAGGAAAGGGAAGAUGAAAGACCGACUUCAAGAACUAAAGCAGAGAACAAAGGAAAUUGAACUUUCUAGAGAAAGUCACAUGUCAACUACAGAAGAAGAACAAGGGGUGUUUCUGCAGCAAGCUGUUAUUUAUGAAAGAGAGCCUGUAGCUGAAAGACAUCUACAUGAAAUCCAGAAACUACAGGAAAGUAUUAACAACUUGGCAGAUAAUGUUCAAAAAUUUGGGCAACAACAAAAAAGUCUGGUGGCUUCAAUGAGAAGGUUUAGUCUACUUAAGAAAGAGUCUAGCAUUACAAAGGAGAUAAAAAUCCAAGCAGAACACAUUAACAGAAGUUUGGAUGAUUUAGUUAAAGAAGUUAAAAAGUCAGAGAUUGAAAAUGGUCCAUCAUCAGUGGUCACAAGGAUACUUAAAUCUCAGCAUGCUGCAAUGUUCCGACAUUUUCAGCAAAUCAUGUUUAUAUACAACGACACCAUAGCCGCAAAGCAAGAGAAGUGCAAGACAUUUAUCUUCCGUCAGCUUGAGGUUGCUGGAAAAGAGGUACCUGAAGAAGAAGUAAAUGAUAUGCUUCAUCAAGGAAAAUGGGAAGUCUUUAAUGAAAGCUUACUUACAGAAAUCAAUAUCACUAAAGCACAACUUUCAGAGAUUGAACAGAGACACAAGGAGCUUGUUAAUUUAGAGAACCAAAUAAAGGAUUUAAGGGAUCUUUUCAUUCAGAUAUCUCUUUUAGUAGAGGAACAAGGAGAAAGCAUCAACAAUAUUGAAAUGAUAGUGAAUAGUACAAAAGAAUAUGUUAACAAUACUAAAGAAAAAUUUGGACUAGCUGUAAAAUAUAAGAAAAGAAAUCCUUGCAGAGUAUUGUGUUGUUGCUGUUGUCCAUGCUGUGGCUCAAAAUAAAGAAGCUAUUUUAGAAAUUUUUCCAUCCAUCUUUAGAGUGAAGGAUGUCCCAUAUUUCAGUGUCUUAUAUUAUUUUUCUUCAAUUCAUGGAUCCAUUCACAUAUCUUUCAUCACUAUUAAUUAGCAAUAUUUCCCUUUAACUCUAGUGCACUAGAAUUACAGAAAUUUCUGAAGCCAGUUACAUAAAACAAGUCUUUAUUUAAACUGGAAACAGUACAGUUCAAGUCACAGGUGAACUAUUGAAAAUGAAAUGAAUGAUCUUACGUUUCUGGUGAAGUAUUAAGCUCUAUUAAGCAUUUUUCUAACUUCCAACACUUUAACAAUAUGAAUGUUCAAUUAAGUGAUUACUACAUAAGCAAUCCAUAUGACUCAUUUGAGAAUAUUUUGGUAGUUAAGAAUAAUGUAAAAUAAGCCCUCAAAGGAUGCUACAAUCAAGCAAAAUAAAACUAGAACCUGUAUCAAAUCUUUUAUCCUCAGGGAGGUAAGUUAACUCAGUGGUCAACAGAUCCUGAGAAAACUCAAUUGGUACUUGAAGAAUCUGAUUGAUAACUAGGAGCUGAAUCUAGCUUAAGGCAUAAGAAAGUGAAGGGUUCUUCAAUUUUUCUUCAAUUCAUGGACCCAUUCACAUAUAUUUAUUAUUCUCCUAUUUAUUAUUUAAAGGUCUAACUUUAAAAAAGUAUAUUUCGCUCAAUUUUUGAUAAUAGCAUUAGGAUAAUCCAUAGCCUAGUUAACUUCUCCUGUGCACUUAUAUUAAAGAAUAUGACUCAAAGAAACUUGCAAACUAACAUUUUCCUAUAACAUUGUCUAGAAGAAGAGUCAAGUAAGUACAUAAAGAUUGAGACAAAAAAAUCCCAUGUUGAAAAAUAACAAAAGCUUGGUAAUUGUUUCUUCUGAUCUGGAAACACACCAACAGAGUUUUUAACCUUUUGGGUCAUAAACUCCUUGUGGAAUUUGAUGAGUGUUAGGAUCUGCUCCAAAGAAAAAUGCACAUGCACUUGGAAUUGUACACAUGGGUCCUACAAAGACCCUGGGUCAAGAAACACUUUUUUUUUUUAAUUGGAAUGUUUAUAACACCUAGUUAAGAUCAAAUCAGAUAUUAUAUUAAUAUUUUCUUCCCUGAAUGAAGAUAUAUAUAUAUAUAUAUCACUUUUGUUAUAAGCAUCAGUUUGUGAAGUUUGGCCAAAAGUUAAGUUAGAUCAUAUAACUCCACAGAAAAGCAGAUAGUAUGUAAUAAGAAAAUGGCACCAUUCCAGUAGCUCAAGUAUGCUAACAGGAGUGGGACUGUUAUUAUCCUGGGAGGAAAUUUUAGCCUGUGGGUCUCACAGUCAUUCUGGUUAAAGGUAUUAAGAGAUUCAACUACAAAAAGGAGGGGUAAUUUAUUAUCUCUCUGAGGCCAACUUUCAAGACUAUACAGGUAAUAGAGAGAAGAGGUAUAGAAAGAGCAUGUACCUUAUUACAACUCCCGUGUAACCUUGGGAUGCUGAAAAUCUCAAUAGUUUAAGAUGUUUAAAAUACCUCUCAGCUCAGUUUAUUUCAUAGGUAACCAAUAAAUAGUUCUUUUUAUUAUUAACGGAAAAUUUCUAUGAUGGAUGUUGAGCUUAAAAUUUGAGAUUACUGCUGAUUUCAGUGCUAUUUAUACAACUGCCAACAUUUUUUACUUUUUCUCUUGAAAAGGCCUUCUUUGUCAAGAUUAGGUUGAAGUUUUGGGAUCUUUUUAAUUAAAUUAUAAACAGUUAAAACAAGAGUAUGUGUGGGUAGGGGGCAGGUGAGGGUAGAUAAAAUAAUUCAUACCUUGGUUAAUUCAGAAUAGAGGCUAAAGUAAUUUCUAUAGUCAUUCUGAGAAAAGGACUUUCUAGGUAAAUAAGUUAACAUGAUUGCAAAGAAUGUUUGUAUGGCAUUUAUUUUUAUCCUCUUUAGAAGGAAUGCAAAUUGCUUUUACCUUUUUAUUUAAAUUGGUUCUGGUUCAUGUCACUAUAUACAGUGGAAUACAAACAAAGUAUUUCAAUAUUUUCCAACUACUUUUAUUAUAGAAGAGGCAUUUAACCACUAAGUCCAAAGAAGUAAAGUGAUUUGUCAGGGUCAUAAACAAAUUUACAUUAGCUCUUACAAUCCAGGUUCCAGACUCCAACUUCUCUCUAGACUAAUAGUUUUUUAACUUUUUACCAUUUAUUUCAGAAGACUUUCAUUAAAAUAUUAUGCUGAUUAAUAAAUGCUAUAUAACUGCAAAGAGAACUUCUGAGAUAAUAAAACAAAGAAACCUAGUAACAUCCCGAUUCUGAUUUUUCAAGAAAAACCUCAAGUCUGUGACAUCAAGUGAAAUUUGGCCAAGGCAUCAUUUGCAGUCACACAUGCUGUUAGUCUGCUGUGCUGUAUCUCAGCCCCUAGAAUGUAACUUCCUGAAGUCAUCCAUGUAUUUUUGUUGUUUUUGUUCCCAAGUGCAUCCCCAUCACCAGAACAAUGCCUGGCACACAGUAUA